AUGGUUGGUUAUUUGUACAACUGCAGACGGUAAAAAAGGCAGUGCUUGCCAUAUAGCUCGUUCGAUACCUCAUUAUCCUUUUAUACGUAAAAUAUGAUAAGAAAAGCAGAACCUUAGGCCACAUAUUCUCUUUUUUUACGAGAAAACUAGACAAGGAGACCUUUUCAAGCUAUCAACUGUUGUUACCCCAGCAACAAACUUUUUGAUUUUCUACUUAAAAAAAAUUUGAUAUCUAUAGCUAAAGUCGAUUUCAUUCGCUUCAAAAUUCUUUUCAUCCUCGGUUUGAAAUCACCUUAAUCUGAAGAGGCCUCUAAGGUUGUAUCAAAUGAGGAAAAAUAUCAAAAUUAUACAGAGAGAAUUUUUUUUUAAUUUAAGGGGUUCGUUUUGUGUGUUGAUGAUCUGAGAAAAAUCAAUUGUUUACUGAAAGAGACAACACAGCUGAUCCUGACAAAGGGGGUGAGAUAGAUAUAAAAGCGAAAUCGCCUUGCAUACGUUGAAAUUUGCCUUUCGUGUUUACGUCUAUAACCAGCCGAUCUUAGGUGCAUUGAAAAGCCAUCCCAUUCCAAUUUGAAAAUCAAAGGUAAGUGUUUUAUUUUUGAAGCCUAUAGUAAAAUUGUACCGACAUUUCAAGAAGGAUAUCUUGAAUUGUGCUCAUAAAAUCUCCGGAUUCUAUUUGUCUUUUAAAAAUUGAAAGACACCGCAUCCUUACAGAAAUUUUUCUGUCAGUUUCUUAACGAAGGGAAAGUGUAUCGAGCUCGAUCAUUUAUGUUAACGAAAGUCAUUUUUCUUUACGUACUGACUUAUUCUUGAUUUGGUGCCUGCUAAGGGGAUUGGUGUAGUCUCAAGUACUUUGACAAAUAAUUUUGAGUUAUCUAAAUUAGGAAAUUGAAGAUUAAACUAAAAAUAAAGGCUCUUGUGCACGUGUAAAAAAGUGUUAGGCAGUAAUUGAACCGCUGUUUUGACAUGCAUUUUCUUUCUGCUUGGUUUUACAUUGUUGUAUAAAUUUAGUGUUGCGAAUGAAAAAUCAACAGCCAUCAUUUUUUGUUCUUCCUAGUUUAUCCAUGCUGAUAACAAAGAUUUUUUUGGUUCUUUUGACUGUGGAAUCAUCGGUCACGGGUAACUAAGAGCCAUUAUUGUAUUGGUUUAUUUGCACAAUCUUUAGGGCUGAUUUCCAAUUAUUAUCGAUUGUUCUAAUCGUUUCUAAACGUGGAACAAUUGGGACGAUUCAUUUGCAUUCCGACUAAGCUCUAUCCGAACGCUACUUAAAGUACAGAAAGAGUUUCCUAUAUAUAUAUAUACCGCCAGCCUCUGCGUAUAUUUAAAUUUUUUCAAACAUGCAUACCAAAAUUUCUGCACGCCUGCUGCCUGAGGUUGUACAAAGAGUGCAUUACUAGUAAAUUCAAGCUCAGGAUCCCUCCUUAAGGAUCUCUGAUUUGCUUGUAUCGUCUAACAAUACGCAUAAUCAAAGAUUUCACGUUUUAUUUCAGGCUUGGGCACCGACAAGGAAAUAAAACGGAUGUACCGAGCAUUUCUGGAAGACGGUAAGCUGAAAUAUCAAUUAAUCACUUCUCUUAGCAAUUUCAAGAUUAAUAAGUUUUCGAGAUGAGCUUCAUCCCGUGUUUGGACGUUCUUCCUACCUCAAUCGAUUUUUACGUUUUUUCGUUUCAGAGAAUCUUUCAGAUGCAGUAGUAGAAGAAUGCGACGUAAAAUAUGAAAAAGUUGGAUGCUUUUCUGACAAUCCUAACAACAGGGCGCUUCCAAAACUGAUCCUCAGUGAUCGAGACAAAAUAAACUGGCAACCGGGAGAAUGGGAGAAAUAUUUAAAGAGGUAAAACUAUUGAAUGACACGCAUACAUAAGAUAUAAUACUAUACAAUAAACUUUGUUGAACGACUGGGAAAUUAGACGCGAAGGAGCUGGAGUCCGGAUUGAAAGGUCCUGCUUGAAGCGCAUGCCGGGUCAUUUUAUCGUGUUCCUGGGUAAUGAACGUUACUCCCAUAGUUCAUCUCUUUCUACAGAAACGGAUUGCAAACGAUAAACGGGUGCCUUAAACCGUUAGAAAAAUCUAAGGAAAAACUGGGUGUAACAUGGUUAGCGAGCUUAGCUUGGAAAACCGAAAUAAGCUCAGGGGGGUACAGGUAUAUUGGUUUUAAAGCCUCUCCAGUGCUAUUAACAUUCAACGGGAGGUAAGGGGAGAGGAGCGGGAAAGUAACUGGCCCCUGAUUUCAGGAUUGUUUUAUGGGUAAUUAAAGAGGAAAGGGGCCAAUCUCGUUACCAGCUCCUUGCACUUUUAUUCAUGGGUAGAGCCUUGGGAACUAGGUUGGAAAGGGUUUUAACAGAGGGUACUCACUCACGAUUUCAUUAGGCUCAACAUCUAAAUCUUAAACACGAGAAAGAUUUUUUCCCGUGGCCAUAAAUAAGGAGCAUGAGUCAAGACUAUUAGAUAUCAAACUUUGCUGGUGAGUUGUAUAGACUAAAGCCUCUUGGCAACCUGUUUUAUUUUUGGUCAUGGGUUUUCAUUUUGGGGAUUUUUGCUUUGACUGAUCAUAACUUUUUAGUAGUAUUACCAUGUUCCUAAUGAAUUGUGUAAUUUCUCUGGUUUUGGUCUAACGAUAACAAACUGGAAAAAGCUUUUAAGAAGAUUUUAGAUAGAGUGCAGUGUUCCGUUUAGCAAAAUGCGGAAAAGUACAAUGAUGCUUUUUGAUUCGCUUUGAAUAUUUACUUUUAGGCUUGCUUGCCGCUGUGCGGAAGCAUCAAGCGGCGAAGGAUACAAUGUGUUUGGUCUUCAGUUUUACGGUGAAUGUUGGAGUGGUUCAAACAGGCCUCCUCUUGGGUCUGAUAGCUAUAGAGAAUCCAAAAAGUGUAUUAGUUUUCAAUACGAGAAAUGCCAAAACAACGACCCCAAUGAAUGCGUCGGAGAAGCUAUGACUAAUUACGUGUACCGCAUUAUGGAAGGUAAAAAAAAGAUAAAAACAAAGAUAACCGUUAUGUUCUUAUGCAUGAGAGUGGACAGGAUAUUCGUUGUUAAAAAUAGACAAAUGCUAAAAAAUCCCUUUCAACAGCCCUGCCCCUUUGUAAGCACUUUUAAACAUGGACCCGUCGUAUUACGACACGCCGUGCAAAACUAUCGUCCAAUCAAAGAGAUAUAACCAGAGUAGAACCAAAGGAAAAACAAUUGAGAGAUAUUUAUCCUCAGGGAAAGAACGAUGACGCAAAAAUGUGGGGAAAAUUACCACAAACGGAUCGCAAAACCGCGGGCCAAAGUAAUGAUUCAGAAUGCUCAUUUUAUGACACAACCCUCUUUAGCUAUUUGGAGAAUCUUUUAGCGCUGUUUUGAGAAAAAUGAUCGCAUACCACAUGGCAAUUCUAGCGCGCGAAACGAGUACGGCAAUGACGCAUGGUCGGCAAACGUCUCAAAAAGGAAAAGAAAAUGGGAAUUCUUCAACAUGUAACAAUGAGAAUGUUAAUCAAUAUUUUGAUAUAGCUUUGCUUACAAGUACCUGGCAACUAAAUCAUGGAUUUUUUAUAAACAAUUUUCUUGUUCUUUUUUUUUGUUUUUGUUUUUGUUUUCUUUUUAGGAGGAAGCGGAGGUGGACCCCCUAAAGCAUGAAGAAGAACUAAUCCAUUUUUGACUCAUUACACGGUCGCUUCAGUUGAAAUAUAUCUCAAAUAAAAUACAAGUUCAACAAAGCCCACUACUCUUUAUACAUGACAUAAAAUAUUUCACCAACACCGAAACCACGAACUGGGGAUUUUCAGUCAUGUAACCAUCACCAGCGCAGAAUAGAAUUGCCCUUGCAAAAUUUUUCUUUUACGUGGUCUUUUUACAAAUCGCCUCACCAUGAUCAAGUUCAACGAAAUGAACAAGAGCUCAUGACUUAUGCUUCGUAGGAGAUCGACUUAUAACACUCUGGAAAACCUUUCAAGGUUGAACAAGGGUUUAUAUUUAUAAACUGGGUUUAUACUUAUAAAAGAAUUGGGGGAAAUUUUUUAAAAGAGAUAUGCGCUUUGUUUGGUAUACAAUGAACACCAAGCCACCUCCUACUUUAAAAAUGCUCUUCUGCCUUCCUGAGUCUUAGACUUAAAUAUUUCCUUUGCUAUCAUGACAAUAGCGAAAUGCUUUUAAAUGGGGCCACGCUAUAUUCCGUUGAAUCAUCACUCAUUUGCAAAAUUUGCACAACUGUUUCACUCACACGUAAAGGAUAAGUAUACUCGAAAUUUUGAAAAAGCAACGUGAUAUGCCUUUUUUGAAUUGUCAAUCAUUGUGUCAAAUUUAAAGAGGGGUAUUUCCUUAUGAAAUAAAUUGUGCUAUCGAAGAAUACAAAUCGACGAAAAUUAAUUAUCAGUUGGGUGAAAUUUGCAGAGAGGCAGUAAUAAAUGCUUGGGGAAGAAGUGUAUUUCUUUCGCUCAUCAUGACAAUUUUAACACCACAACAAAUGUAGUCCACUGAUUUGAAUACAACUCAAAUUUGAUUAACUUAAAAACACGUCUAAAUUUACUAGUGAUUGAGCUGUUUGAGAAAAGAACAAUCUGUGUUUUUUUAAGCUAACACAACCGGAAAUUUAAAACGUGAGCGUCAGUUUGUUUUUUUCUAAUUUGCAUCUUUAUCCUAACAGUUUUCGUGAUAUGUAAUGUUACUCGCUACACUUUUUGAGGAAGUAAUCCUGUUCCCAUCUAUUCAAAAUAUCUUCCAUCCGCGAACAAGGUAUUUUAUGUUAUUUUGAUAUCUGAUUGAAUCUGAUAAUGUCUUCAAAUUGAAAACGUUUUUUUUUUUUUUUUUAUUUUCACCUCAUAAUUAAACAAAGGUGUUUUUGUCUUUACCUUGCUAUUCGUGUUUCAGAGACAGAGCACAAAAUUUUCCCAAACGAAAAAAGACGAAAAUUUCACGGGUCUUUGUUUAUACUUGGCCUUUCGCCAUGAGUGAGGGAAGUUAUUCAAAAUUAACAGUUAAGUUUUAUUAAGACAUGCGCCUACCUCAGAACUAACAUCAAAAAAAUAUUCGAUCCUUUUUGAGAGCAGAAUCUGGCUUUAAAAUUUAUUGCUCAUAAUAACACCCAAGCACAUCCAGGGAAAGCAUAUUGAAUAGAUGUUAACUGUUAGCCAUUUAAGUCAAGCUCGGGAACGCAGCAAAUGGGCAAGAAAAAUGAAUUCACAUUUAAAAAGUUUUGGAAAAGAAAAAGUCAAAAUCUUAAAUUUAUUGGCGCACUUCUGGUUCUUGUUCACACCGAACUGAGUCUUCUCUACAAGAAAAGUAGUGCAACGCCACAUAGGGGAAACCUUCUAUUCACCGUAUUUAAACUGCUAUUUAAAGGCCUGAGGUAUCUCGCCAUAGCUGUUCCAAGUUCCGGAGUAAUUUGUUCCCUGCUAGUGUUCCGAGUGAAGUGUUCUUGCAUAUCGAUUUUAAAUUGUUUUCACGGGAUUUUCUUCCUUUCAGAUCACCUAGUAUGAAGCUAACUUUAACAAGUCCCUAUCUGAUUUUAUUACCAUUGAUUUGUGUACAUGGAUUUAUCAUGGAAGGUAAUGAAAAUGCUUUGCUGUCUGAUGUUCGUUAACUGCGCGCGGUAAAGGGAAAGAGAUAUAACGACGGCUUAACAGUCUUAACGAUGAUAUGAUUUAAGCAACAAGGCAGUUAUAAAGCGUACUUUAGUGUUGAGGAUUUCAUUAUUUAACGUUUUAAUCACUUAGCAUGAGGUGAUUAUAGCAGUGACGCUGAACAGAUUGAACCUGCCACGAUCGGCUUCUUGUUUGACAUUUUAAGCCUGUUUUACACUUUCUUACAAAACAAACAUUGACACGAUCAGUAUAUGUUAGCUCGUUUUAUUCAGUUUUUGCUUCUGUUAGUGGAUAGUCGAUACUUAGAUAGUCGCCCGAUGGUAGAUCGAUUCUCUUCCCCCUACUUGACCGAUAUCUCGAUCGACAUGUCGGCCGACAAUCGCCCGACCAUCGGUCUAUCAUCAGUUCGCUAUCGACAGAGUAUGGAAUGGCCAUCUCAGAUGGGUCGACUGAAAUGUCGACCAAGGAUACAUAUGUAGAAGCAGCUACGAUAAAAACAGCAAAAACGACAAAAAUAAAAACAGGAACAACUUUUGUUACUUAAAAGGUAAGACGAAUUCCAUUUGACCAAGUGCGAAAAAAUAUUCCCAGUCCCUUCAGUCUCGCGAAGUGCGACGUAGUUCAAAGUGGAGUUUUUUUAGACAAUCACUUUCCUCUCGAUCUGCCAAAUCUAUGAGUAGAUCGAUUUGGCAUGAAGAGUUAUCGUAUAUUUGUCUUCGAUUCAGACCAAGAUGUUCCUGUGGGAGGGCUGAAACCUGGCUGUGAAGUGAAAUUUGAGAAAGUUGGAUGCUUUAAAGACAAAGUUGACAUACGGGCUCUUCCUGAAUUAAUCUUCCACCAAAGAGACAGUAUCAGUUGGGAGCCUGCUAAAUGGGGAGAUUAUUUAAAACAGUAAGUUUUUCGAAAAAACACAACACGAUUUUAAUAGGUUUUCAUACAGACUUACGCAACGACGAUUCAUUCUCUUAUAAAGAUUCCCGAAUAAAAUGGCUGAAAUAGCAAUUUUAGGCAUCAGUUUACCUUUGGAAGGUUUUUAUUACUUUUGGUUUUUUUAAUUAACAAAUCAUUAACUUUCAGGUGCAGUCGUAUCGGUUUACAGUCACCACGUCCCACAAUCAACUAACUUACUCAACGAAAUACUGAUUUAAGAACUUAAUGCUUGGACAAGCAAACUGACCCCCCCUUUUUGAAUAGCAGAGAUGAGGAGAGGGGAGGUGGGGACGAAACUGUGUUUGGAACCCAUACGAAGGAUCAAGAGUAAUGCUCAGCAGACCGUCAGCGGACUUUUAAAAUCUUCUCAGGAAGCUCCUCUUUAAGCCAAAUCAGCAAGUUUAAUUAUGAAAGAUAAUCUCGUUUCGUGAUUAGAUAAUUUUUUUCAACUUUAGGCUGGCUUGCAAAUGUGCCAAAGGAACGGAAGACAGAGGUUACAGUCAUUUCGGUCUUCAGUUCUAUGCUGAAUGCUGGACGGGUCUCAAGGCUGCUACAAGGUUUGAUAUCUACGGAAAGUCAAAGGACUGUAAGGAUGGUCGCUUCUUAAAAUGUGAUGACGGAGAUAAAGGAGAGUGCGUCGGUGGAGGUCACGCCAACUACAUUUACCGUAUUAUACCUACAGGUAAUGACAAUAGCCUCGGUGUACAAGCUUUGCGCUCUGCGCUAAAUUACGGAUUAUCUUUGCUGCGAGCGCGUCGAUAGCCUAAAACGUGCGUUUCAGGCUAUGCAUUUAUGAUCUAUCCUUCCGUUCCCAACAUUUCCAAGAUAAUUUUUUUGAAGAAAUUCUUAUUACAUUUGACUUGAGUCACCUCUGCCGUCUUCGAUCCUAUUCCAAUAGAGAACGCUCAGGCUGAAUACCGAGAGGCUUCUCGUAGUUAAUUCUAGUUAGCCAAUGCUUUCUUUGUUUAUUAAGAUUACAUUACCAGUGUGCAUGUGUGCGACUUAUUUACAGACUGAGACAACCCUACAGAGGUGAAAGAAUCAAACAAUAAAAAAAAUUAAAAUUGUGUUAUUUUUAUUCAACAGAAGGCGGAAGUGGAGUAGAACCCAUACUUGAUUGAGAGUCUAUGCGCACUUAAACACCGAAAAAGCUAAUAAUAAAUGAGUAUUUCAGAAUAUGUGUGAUUUGUGUGAUAUGAGAUGAUCAUUAUCAAAAAAAUACACAGGGGAAGGACAAAAAUUCUCCUUGAAGCAAUAUUUAGUUAAUAAAAAAGAGUAUUUUGCUCCUGGUUAGCUAGCCUGACACCUACUGACAAACUGUUCACCUAACAGCUCAUAUCCAUUGAUUCAUUUGCUUAAGACCACUCUCAUUUAUGGAAGAAAUCACAAUGCAAUUGAUCCAAAUUUGAAACAAGCGAUGGUUGCAGGAGCAACUGCAUAGUCAUCGUUCAUAUGAGUAUGACAAGAAAUUUGUCUUGAAUGAAAAAUGAUGAUAACCAUACCAGUUAGUCUAUGUAAAUUAUUCGAUUGUCGGAUAUGAAUUUUGUAGGAAAUGUUUAUUUUUAGUGAGAGAGUCUUUUAUUUUUUGUUUAUACAUCAUAAUGGUAUGUCAUCUGAAAAUACAUUUUGAUUUUACAAAAAGAGAAUGAGGACUUGAAAUCACCAUUUCUUUGAGCUUAAUCAAAAGCUGAAAACUGGAGAUUGUUCUGUUUAUUUGACUUCGUGCGCACAGCCAAUUAUAAAAUGAUUAUAGAUUUUUAAAUGACUGACUUUUUUUGGUCAAAAACUUUGAAAUUUAAUUUCAUCAGGAUACAGAGAAUUAUUUCGUUGUUCCUUUCAUUGUCUGGCUCACAGAACUGAAUUCUUUAACUAAAUUUCUCUCCGUGUAAGGAGACAAAUGUUGGUAAUUGGUUCGUCGACGUGUGAAAAGUGUUUUAUUGUAAUGUAAAUCACUGCAUCUUUGAGACAACAAAACUUCACAUGUGAGUUUAGUUUGGCGAACGCGAACGGAUAUCAUCGUUGAGCAGAAUUUCAAAUCGUUUAACUAAAAACUCAGGUAAGUAUGAAUAUAUAUAUAUAUUUUAAAUCCCAUAUCAUUUUUUAAAAUAAGUCAGUAUCUUUGUUAGCUUCGAUGAUGACAUAGUAAUGACUGACUCCUCAACACUUGGCCUAGUUUGCUUAUAUCGUUAUACUGAUUUUAAAUAUAUCAUCUGCAAUAUAUCGUUACUGAUUUUGAAUGAAAACACCAUACACACCAAGUCAACCACUUCGCUUGUCAUUCUUGUCAUCUUUCUCGAUGAUAACUGCAUCCUUAGAUUAUACUUUUUUAGUUGCCCUUCGUUUGUUGCACAUUUGGAUGUUUACAAGUAAGGAAAAUAUUCCCGAUGUCCAAUUUCUCUGUUGACACAAAGAUUCGAGAACCUUUCAGAAUUCUUUCAGCUUUCUGAAUUUUCAAUUUACCAAGGAACCGAUAUUGAGGAAAAAGCCUUUAUCAUGCCGUGCAUUAGUUAAGGAAGGAAAUUGAAUUUUAUUGUUUAACAUCGAUAGAGGAUGAAGUAUUGUUAUAACAUAGCGCGUGCAAGGCCUAUCUAUUUCCUAAGGAGCUAGCAUGGUAAAAAUCGCUAUGUACAGUACAGCCGUGCAUCUAUUACAUGACAUGUGCGAUUUCUCUUCGGCUGAAAGUUCCCGUUGAAUUUAGCCGCGAGGAUUCAAAACUUUUACCCGCUCUAUUUUGAUUGAGAUAGACCUUUUGGAGCUCAAAAUAGAAAUAAAACUUGCUAAAUAAUACUCGUUUCGAAAAACAAUGAGUAUUUAGUUCUUUAAAGCGACGAAAUAAAUUUUGGAGUUAACGAUACUUCAUUCGCGAAGCGAAAUAUGGCUGAAAACAAACCUAAGCUUUCUGACUUCAACUGAGGCCUUGCGAUUUUGGGUAACCUUCAUUAAACGGUAAAAACUAUUUUGAAGUGUUGAUAUGUCCUGCGCCUCGAGCAACUUUUACGCUUCUCACGUGCACUCCAAACUUCCCGCAUCCUCAAUUCGAUAGACGCGUGCUGAGCAUGGACGAAUUCUCUAUUAAUGCAAAUUUUGACCUUUUAAACGCCAUCGACAAUACAGACACAACUUUUAGUAUGAAAUUGAUGUCGGAUAUGAAUUCAAAUCAGUAUAUUUCCAUGUUUCAUAAUUCCGGAGUGUACUUAAGCUCUCUUUUUCUGUCACUUUCUGUUAGGAACUUCGUUUCAGGGCUUGAUGAGAUGAUGAGGCUGUUUUUCCUUGCAUUCCUGGUUUUCAGAGUGUCAUUCUCUUCAGGUAGACUCUGUAAUUUUGUCUUUUGCACUUGCCACGUAAAGGGGUUAUCUCGGCACAACAUUUAUAAACCGGCCGGCGACUGGCAUCAAAAUUACGGUGGUGACACCAUUUAGAUCCUAACAUCAUUUUCAGCUAUGCCACGUCCUUCCUUUGACCCCUCUCUCCCUAAACGUUUUUUUUAACUCGCUUGUUGUUGUUCAACGUUAUCGCGAAAUUAAGUAAGGGGAAGAAGUUUUUUCUUGAAGGUAUGAAAAGAGAUUAUAUUCUCUUGGGUGUGAUGAAUUAAUCAGUAGACGAACCCCUUUAGGCGGCUGGUACGUCCAUUGACAAUGUCCACGUCUGAUAGAUUGUCCGAAAAAUGAAAAGUUGGCCGAGAAUCGAAGCUUCAAGGGCAAAUAAAUUCUGAGGACAAUCUCUCAGCCAAGAACAUUAUCAGCCGACAUAUCAGCCAACCAGAAGGGAGGCUAUUUAUUUUCUAACCCUUCCGUUCAUUUUCGUAUCGCGCGUUGACAAGAAAUUCCGUUGACUUUUUGAGUUCGUCACUCUUUCAUGUGAAGUAAGAAAGAUGAAAAAGCAAAACUCUUAAGCUGGCUUUUUCCCGCCAGCUUUGUUUGUUUUCGACGAAAAUAGUCAUGGGACAAAUAUCGACGUAGAUAGGGGUUGUUGCGUGAUAACUGUUCGCUGAAUAUGCACCAUGUAAUGUAAAGUAGCAAAUAGAAUCUCAUGGAAAUCAAUGGAAGGGUUAAAAGGGGCGAUAAAUCGUGAUAACAACAAUUCUCGAGUCGUUCAUAAAAAUUGUUUACCUGAUAUCUAAAUAUGUUUAACUAAUUUUUUCCCGCUGGCAGCUCUCAAGCAUCAUAGAAUAAACCUGAUAAUCGUAGUUCUAUUGACUAUAUAUAUAACUUAAAAUUAAAUUAGCUUAAUAUGGGAACUAGCGGAUACAAGGAUCUACUUGUUUUUUCAGUAAACGACUUCGCGUUUUUCUUUUAACCGAAUCCUACUUAAAAAAUGAGGUGAAUUUUGUUGUAGCUAAUUUUUGCAGAUUGAAAAACAUUUCCCUUUCGAUGAGGUUCAAAUCAUUUGCUUUACUUUGACCAAUUCGUUCCUUUUCUUGACUAGUGCAUGGUCAGCAUGUCACAUGCGAGCGAUCCUUCUACAAGUUAGGAUGCUUCCAGGACAGGACAUGGUCCAGAUCCAUGUCUAAACUGCUUAUCAAUGACCGCGGCAGGUCAUCCCAAAGUCAACAGAUCGACUGGAAGAACUGGGAAGCUUACAUGCAUGGGUUUGUACAGUUAAUGAAUACGAAUAACUUGAUAUGAAUGUGGGAAAGCAUAAUUAUAGGCAUCAUGACUUUCUUGCGAAAGAUAUAUUUAUGCGCGCGCUUUUGAACUUUUGAGCAUUUUAUUUAUUCCUUGUAGUCUUUGUGUUGAAAUUCUCUUCAAGUUUGAAAACAGUCUCGCAACCUUUGUCAUGAAGUAAGCAUUGACUUUCUUAAAGUGGCUCUCAGUUAAUUAACAUUCAUUCAAAGUUAUAUAUCUGGUUCUCAGGACAAAUUAAUACUCUGUAAUCUAUGCUUUUCAAUUUGGCCGCAUGGAUUUAAAAUGUGAAUCUUCAUUUCUAAACUUGACCGAGAAAAAUAAUCAUUUCCUAGCCUCGCCUGCCGUUGUGCCCAGACUGCCUCUCAGCAUGGAUACACUAUGUUUGGUCUUCAGCAUUAUGGAGAAUGUUGGUCGGGUCCAGGGUCAUGUGACCAGUAUUCUCUUCAUGGAGAAUCCCAAUUGUGCAUCGGUAAGAACUUCACGAUGUGUAAUAUCAAUGAUGAAGGCGAGUGUGUUGGGAAGGCCAACGCCAACUUCGUGUACCUCUUGCUAGAAGGUGAGUAUAAAUAAAAUAUAGAGAUUCGUGAUCUACUCAAUUGCUUUUUAUGAUUUAUCAUUUGAUCGGUCCAUCCUCAGUUUGGCUCUAGGUUUUGACUGAUCUUUACCUUUGUUUUCCCUUAGCUCUUUAGCGUCGGCCUUGUUUAUGCUAAGAAUAAGUGUUACGUGGAAGGUUUUGGCACUCAUAAAAUAAUCUUAUCAAUUCAAGUCAGUUUUGGUGCCGUCCGUUAGUUAUAAGUAAUUACGUGUGUCAGCUCAAUGGAUGUACUUGAUUUUCAGCCGGCAGGUCGGAUGAAAUUUAUUUCAUUACAAAUUGUGAUCAGAUAUCUCCACCGGGAAAGAAGAACACCAUUUAAUUUUCCGUGCAACCAACGUUUGGCUUCUUAGUUUCGGUUAAUAAUAGCGCCCAGCUAGUAUCUGGGAAGUGAGGGUUCGUAUCCUGUCGAUGCCUAAAAUAUAUUUCAAGCUUCUUUUUUGCAAUUGCUAGAUUGCAGCUAACCUUCUAGGGUAUUACUUUUAUUGAUUUGUAGUGUACCAGCUUAACAGUCAAAAAAGGCAAGUUUAUUACAUUUUUAUGAUUCUCUCUUCUGAGUCUUUUUAAUUCCAUAUCAGUAUCUUUUUUACCUUUGUGUUCCUUUCAGAACCAGAGAAGGAAGUGGGCAUCUAAUAAAUGAAGAAACUUCUUCACAGCGC